CAAGUAGCCACCACUUCUUUGAGGGGAGCUCAAAUCGUUACAUUUGGAAUCGACGUGAGAAAAGCCUCUUAGACGGCUUAUGACGGCAGUCUACUUGGGCAGCGGCGGCUUCACCAGCGGAGCUUUCUCAGGCCAUUUGUUUAUCCCAUCAAACUAUUUAUCGUUGCAAUGUCGUUCGCCAUUCGUUUCUUCUCCGGCUAGGCCUAAUUGGUCCUCAAUUUCCUCUAGUUUCCUCUUGGGCGAUUUCCACCUCUGUAAAAACCCUAGAUCAGUGCUACUCCGCCCUGCUUGGAAAUGUCAAUGGCGCAAGCGCGGCGUUUUUGUGGCGAAGGCGAAGGAUUUCUACGAAGCUCUCAAUCUCAGCAGGGAUGCUACUAUCAAGGAGAUCAGGAGCUCCUACCGAAACCUCGCCCGCAAGUAUCAUCCAGAUAUGAAUAAAAACCCUGGCGCAGAAGAGAGAUUUAAAGAGAUAAGCGCUGCAUAUGAGGUGCUAUCAGAUGAAGAGAAAAGAUCUUUUUAUGAUCACUAUGGUGAGGCUGGUCUGCAGGGAGAUUAUGCAGGAGCAAAUGCUGUCCCACAAGAGAUUGACCCUUUUGAAGUCUUCAAUGCUUUCUUCGGCCAAUCAAAUGGACUUUUUGGUGAUGAAAAAGACCCUGAGCGAAUGAACUUUAGUUCAAGGUUUAAGCAAAGCUUGGGACUUGAUAUUCGGUAUGACCUUUCUUUGAGCUUGGAGGAGUCGAUUUCUGGUGUACAGAGAGAAAUAAACAUAGCAUGUUAUGAGACCUGUGACAGUUGUAAUGGAAGUGGUGCGAAAUCCAACGAAUCCAUAAAGACUUGUUUAGAAUGUGAAGGCAGAGGUCGGAUGAUGAAAACCCAAAGAUCACCAUUUGGAGUAGUAUCACAGGUUUCUAGUUGCCCAAGAUGUGGUGGCAGUGGCAAGAUCGUGACUGAUCAUUGCAAAAUGUGUCAUGGUGAGGGCAAAUUACAAAUCAAGCGGAGUGUCAAAAUAAAUAUACCUGCCGGUGUUGUUGAUGGAUCCACCAUUCUAAUUCAGGGUGAAGGAAGCUCAGAUAAAAAAAGGGGUGUUGUUGGUGAGCUUUAUCUUUUUAUUCACGUCAACGAGAAACCAGGAAUCAGAAGGGAAGGUCUUAAUUUGUAUUCAGAGAUCGGCCUUGAUUAUAUAGAAGCAAUAUUGGGGACUACGAUUAAGGUUGAGACGGUUGAGGGAAGUCGAGAUCUUUGCAUUCCUCCUGGGACGCAGCCUGGAGACAUAUUAAAGUUUUCUAACAUGGGGGUACCCAAUGUCAAAAAGCCCUCAGUUAGAGGCGAUCAUCAUUUUAUUGUGCGUGUUCAAAUCCCAAAAAGGAUCAGUGAGAAGGAGAGGUUUCUAGUUGAACAAUUGGCUUCUCUCAGGAACACCUUGGAGGAUUCCUCAACUCCUCGAAAAGGGGUGUUUCAGUAUGAUGGCAGUAAACAGCAAACAAGAAACCAACAACCAAAUGCUUCAAGAAAACGUAGAAGAAGACCUAAUCAAUCUUUUUGGGGCUCUAUUAGAAAUUUGUUUGGAAGAAGUAAAUCAGGGAGCAAUUUUUCUUCGAUAUCCACGCAUGCAGCAGUUCCAACGUUGUCCUCUGUUCGAGCUGAGCCCACUUUCGCUUUUGCUAUUGGAGCUAUUUUAGUAACCUGUAUUUUCUCUGUGAUAGGCAGAAACCAUCGCAGCUUUGGUUCACAGCUACGCCAUGGCACAAACAGACUUAUAAAGAAAGAUGAAUGAGGGGAAAUUGCAGAUAUAUUUCUGUAUUGGCUAGCUAAGUAGCUGAACUGGGCAAGGUCAAUGAAGCUCUGAAAGAUUGAGAACUAGGUUUCCUUGGGUCAAUCAUAAUGAGCUAUAUAUAUAUGAAUAGAGACAUGCACGCAGGUACGUAUAAAAUGCUUUCCCUGUAAUCAGCAUUGAGUGAAAUGCUUUGGUUGAACAUACUUUUCUUUCUUUCUUUUUUAAUUUAUUUGUAAAAUGGGGAGGGAUGGUGGGUAUUGCAGUUAUUAUGAAGCACAAAAAUUAAAAAGAGAAAUAUAACUUUUUAUUGCCCCAUAAUAGUUAUAAUUGAUCAA